GUUGUGAAACUCCUGCACCUGACAGGAUUGCUCAUCACUUUCUGCAGGCUCAUCCACAGCAGGUGCUCCCAUCAGGCAGCUGAAAACGUUCAUUUCUCGGUAGAUUAAGCAAAGCUUCCCCUUACAAUGGAUAAACAGUCCACGGUGGUGUUUCGAAACGUGGGGCAACUGUACUUCCCCCAAACGAGGGUGGAGUGCCACUACAGUCUGACUCCGGAUCACCAGUGGAGCAGCAGUGACUGGAUUGGGAUUUUUGAGAUGGGCUGGUCUUCCCUCAAACAGUAUUACACCUACACAUGGGCUCUUGUCCCUGAAGGCUACGCUGAGGGAACCAGUGUCGACUGCUGUGCAAAUUUCCAGGCAUCCUACCUGCCUCGGCCCAGUGCCGUGGAGUUCCAGUUUGUUUAUGUGGACAAGACGGGAGAGGUUUGUGCUCGGAGUCGACCCUUCACCUUCUGCGCUCCCAAACCGCUGGAGGAGCUGGAGACUCUGAAAGAAGAACAAGACGGGGAGGAUGGAGAAGAGGAGCUGCUGCUGGUCGUCCCCAGAGCUCAGCUGCUUCAGAGCCGGUUAGAAGAGAGCUUAAAAAGACAAGCAGACUUACAGCGAGCCUUAGAGAGAACAAAAGAGGAGGCAGAGAGGGGAAAAGAAAGCAGCAAAAGAGCAAGAAUCGAGUGGGAGAGUGAAAGAGACGCAAUGAAGGAGGAGAUCACAGAACUCAGGGACAACCUGAGGCACAGCUGUAAGCUGCUCAAGACGUUGGAGGGAAAACAUCAGGAUGUGAAGUACAGCGAGGAGACUCUGAACUCCGAGCUGAGUAAGCUCCUGGCUGAGAAGGACGAGAAUCAAUGUCGGGUCAAAGACCUGGAGGAGGACAUCAAGGCUCUGACCGACAGAGAGACGGAGGCCAGCAAGGAACUGGAACGGCUGAAAGAAAGAGUGAAGAAAAUGUCGAGCCAAAUGAAACACGACGAGGAAAAGAAAAAGUCUCUGCAGGUGGAGUCUGAGGCCUCAGCAGCAGAGGUGCAGGGGCUCCAGGAGCGUCUGGAAGCCACUGACCUUGUGAGUGAAGGUCUGCGCAGAGAGCUGAGAGAGCUGGGCGCCCGGCAGAGCCACACCCAUGGUGAGCUGCACCAGGCCCGACUGCAGGCGGCCCAGCUCACCCUGCAGCUGUCGGAUCAGGACCUGCUCCUCAGAGAGGAGCGGGCUAACUCGGCCCUCGAGAGGGAGGCGUACAAACAUGCAGCAGAAACUGAUAAAAAGAAGUUAUACUACCUGAGCUGUGAGCUCAGAAAGAAGGAGGAGUGGCUCCAGGAGGAGAGGAUGGAACGAGACAACCUGGAGGCCGAGCUCGGGAAGGAGAAGGUGCUGCUGAACGACGCCAAGCGAGAGCUGCAGGAGCUCAGGGUUAACUUGAGAAAGGUUCAGAAGGAGAGAGAGGAGGAACAACUGCACAAACAGGAUGUGGAGAGCUACCUUCACCAGUUGGAGCAGAAGUUGGGGAUUAUACCUGAAGCUAAACUAAACAGUCUUUUGUCUUCUAGCUCUCUAGACUCGUCCUCUAAGCAAGAUGAAGAUGCAUCAUCAGCUUCUUCCAGCUCAGUUUCUUCACCUCUCUUCCCGACGGCUGACAUGGAGGAUGGAGCCGAGACUCGAAGCCAGAGCGAGGGGGACAAGCCGGCCUUUGACUCACAGGUCGAGGUGAAGCGGAGCAGUAAAAAUCCAGUUGGUGAAGGGAGCCAACUGAUCCUUCCUGAACUCGUCAAUCCGGUCCUGAGUGAGCUGGCCAACUCCCCGAUGUGGUGACACAAAGAGCAGACGCUGCUCCUGGAACAAGAAUAUACUCAAGUUUAUUUAGAAAGUAAGACAAUCGGAGCAUUUAGUUUGCUCUUUUGACAAAUAUGAAGGUUUUGUUGUGGAAUUAGUAAGUUCUCUCAUUUUAAGUGUGGUCAGUAGCACAUGGAGUCAAACCUCUUCUAAAAGCUGUUAGGUGCAGACUUCAUCGGUCUGAGCAGAUUUUCAGCACUUCACAUCUAACGCCUUGAUUUCAGGCCUUUAAGCUGUACGGUAAUGUGUUCCUGCUGCAGUGAGAAAUAUGCACUUGGCUGAACUUGAAGCCUUUUUCGUUUAGUUUUGGCGCCAUUUUGGCCCCAGAGUUUUAUUUUAUUUUUUGCACGAGAGCGUGACUCCUGUAGCCGUGUCAGAUUGUGUGGGUGUGCGAUCUCGGUCAAGUGCGAAAUGAUCCGCUUCGACUUUUAAAGCUCCAAGUUGGAUUAUAAGAACAUGAACGUUUGUUUGAAACAUAUUUUAGUGGAAAAUCAGAUCCGUGUGUUGGUA